UUUCAAUAGAGCCAUAAACGCAUGCACGUGAGCUUUGUUUACAGCCCAAUUUGCAAUCUAAAAAUUUCUUUUGUUGAUUUAUUGAUUUUAAUUUUAACAUUGCGGAUUAAUCAUUUAAUGCAUAAUAAUGGAUCAACAACAGCAACAACAAUCGAUUUCCAAUAAUGACGAGAAAAAGAUAACGCCACGAUAUGAUUGGUAUGAAACAGAUCAAUUCAUAGUCAUCGGCGUUAUGAUCAAACAGAUUGAUAAAACAAAAGUUCAUAUUGAUUUUCAACCACGCCGUUUAAUUUUCAAUUAUAAACCUGUGACAGAAAAUGACAAUCAAAAAAUUUUUUACGAACUUAUUUUUGAUCUAAAUGAUGAAAUUAAACCACAGGAAUCAAAUUGGAAAGUUACAUCUGUAAAGGCCGAAAUUAAGCUCUGUAAAGUGGCCAAUUAUCGUUGGGGGAAACUUGAGGUCGGUUUAUGCAAUCAACCAGUGAUCCGUGGUGUGCCGAUGAAUUCCUUGUCACAGGAUUCUGAAUCGAAUUCCGGAUCAUCAUCAAAUAAUACUAAUGCCAAAACGAAAGGAAUGACGCGUAAUUGGGAUGAACUAGUCAAACAAGUAGAAAAAGAAGAGGAAAAAGAAGAAGGUGGUGUUGAGGAUCUAUUCCGCCGUAUAUAUUCUUCGGGUGAUGAGAAUUUACGUCGAGCAAUGAAUAAGUCGUUUGUUGAAUCGAAUGGUACUGUUUUGAGUACAAACUGGAAUGAUGUAGGAAAAGGUAAAGUGGAUGUAAAACCACCAGAUAGUUGUGAAUUUCGUAAAUGGGAUGAAUAGAAUGAAUUCGUUAUGAUAAAUGAUAUUUAUUCAUCAAAAAAAAGAAAACAAAUAAUGUAAAUAUGCCAAAUAAAAAUCACAUUU